AUGUGGGAGGCACGCUCAUCCUCCUUUUGGAGGGCUAUCUUUGCUGAAUUCUUUGGCACCAUGAUCUAUGUCUUCUUUGGCCUUGGGGCUUCGCUACGUUGGGUCAUCGGCCCCCUUAAUGUUCUGCAAGUGGCAUUGGCCUUCGGUUUGGUGGCAGCCACCAUGGUGCAGUCUCUAGGCCAUGUGAGUGGUGCGCACAUCAAUCCAGCUGUCACCAUGGCCUUCCUGCUGGGCUCACAGCUCUCCCUCUUCCGUGCUGUCUUCUACAUAGUUGCUCAGGUACUGGGAGGAGUGGCCGGCGCAGCUGUGCUUUAUGGAGUCACGCCACCAGCGCUGCGGGGUAACCUGGCACUCAACACGAUACACCCCAGUGUAAAUGUAGGCCAAGCUACCAUCGUGGAGAUCUUCAUAACCUUACAGUUUGUCCUCUGCAUCUUCGCUACUUAUGACGAGAGGCGUAAUGGGCGCAUGGGCUCUGUGGCUCUGGCUGUGGGAUUCUCCCUCACCCUCGGACACCUCUUUGGGAUGUAUUACACAGGAGCUGGCAUGAACCCCGCCCGGUCCUUCGCCCCUGCUGUCAUCACCCGCAACUUUGCCAACCACUGGAUCUAUUGGGUCGGACCAAUCAUUGGUGGCGUGCUGGGUGGCUUCUUGUACGACUUCGUCCUCUUCCCCCGAAUGCGUGGCGUUUCAGAGCGCCUGUCUAUCCUCAAAGGUGACCGGCCGGUCGAAACCAGUGCACCCCCAGAGCCUCCUGGGGAGCCUGUUGAGCUGAAGACGCAAGCACUAUAA